AUGUUGAACAACAUGAUCAGACCCGUCCUUCGAUACCCAUCGAUGUUUCGCACUCCGCCAUUGCCGCUCAAGCCGAUGAGGCUUGUUCGACAACCAGCACGGUUCGUGACAAAUGAGUCAAAGAAAGUAUGGAAAGCCGAUGCACAGGAUACAAUGGUGGAUGACCAACGACGUCUUCGAAAUAAAAGUGCAGCUAUGUAUGCAGCAGCGGGUCUUAUAACAGCUUUGGGUCUGACUUAUGCAGCUGUGCCACUGUAUCGAGCGUUUUGCGCAGCAACAGGAUACAGUGGAACUCCCAUGACCGACGCGUCACGGUUCUCUGAGCCAUCGCGAUUGGUGCCGUCAUAUAACGACCCGCUCAAUGAAGCUCGAGCUACAGAGCGUGUUCGCGUGUCUUUCAUUGCGAGUACAUCGGACCGCAUCCCGUGGUCGUUUACACCUGAGCAGCGCGAGAUUUUCGUGCUGCCAGGCGAGACCGCACUCACAUUUUUCAAGGCACACAACCGCACAGACCACGAUAUUAUUGGUAUUGCUACAUACAACGUUGUUCCUGACAGGAUUGCGCCGUACUUUAAUAAAAUUGAAUGCUUCUGCUUCGAAGAGCAAAAGAUUCGUGCAGGUGAGGAAAUUGACCUGCCUGUCUUCUUUUUCCUAGACAAGGAGAUGCUCGAAGACAAGGAAACCCGGAACGUGAAGGAUGUUAUUCUGGCCUACACAUUCUUUAGUGCGCGGCGUAACCCUGUAAAUGGUCAGUUGGAACCUGACACCGACCUGUCCCGCUACACAGUAGGAAAAGAUUCAUUGUAG